AUGGAGCGAAAGCAUGUCGCUGUGAUCGGGGCAGGAGUCUUGGGCCUCACCACGGCCUUGGAGCUUGCCAAGCAAGGCCAUGGGGUUACAGUACUUGCAAAGGAUCUGCCGGGCGACUGGACGAUCGACUAUGCCUCUCCCAAAGCCGGCGCCCACUUCCGGCCGACAUCGGUGACAAAUGCCCGGGAGGCAUUCGAAAACACGCUCAUGCAUGAGACAUACGCAAAGCUCGGCGAGAUAUGCAGAACCGAAAGCACUUCUGGUGUUGAGUUUGUGCCUGCCGUUGAGUAUUUCGACACAGAACUGUGCCCAAGGGAUCUUGAAAUGUUUUCGGCGUGGCCUCAGUUUCGUGUGCUUGACCCGUCUGAGCUUCCCCAAAGCUCCACCAUCAAGUCUGGCUUGACGUACUCAGCCUGGGUUCUGAACUCCCCAGUGUACCUGGUUUGGCUGCAAAGAAGGGCCGAGGCACAUGGUGCUGUGUUCUUCCGCGAGCAGUUGACAUCGGUAGAGGAAGCUUUCUUCCUUGCCGCGAACCAUAACCCUACUCUGCCUCCACCUUGCGCGGUUGUCAAUGCUAGCGGGAUGGGAUUCGGCGACCCUAAAUGCUUCCCGUCGCGCGGACAGUUUAUACUCAUAUCCAACGAGUACGACCGCACUAUCUCGCACCAUUCGGCAGACGGAAAUGCCACAGUUAUAAUUCCCCGUCCCCUGGGGGGCGGGACCGUGAUUGGGGGUACUAAGGAACCGUCGCCUCUCAAUUCUGACGCUGCAGUCGAGGAGAUCCUGCGGCGUGUAUCGUCGCUCUGUCCCGAUUUACUCCAGCCAAUUCCUGGAUCACCCGAUGCCGCUCCAGCACUGGACUGCCAGGAGGCUUACAUUGGACGUCGCCCCAUGCGCAAGGGUGGGCUUCGCCUUGAGACAGAAUUCAUCGACCUCGUAACGACUGGUCGAACUGGGCUUGAUACCGAAACGAGCAGGCUGCCACUCGUCCAUUGCUACGGUGCAGGGCCUAGCGGAUACAAGAUCAGCUGGGGUGCCGCUCAAAGAGUGACAGAAAUGGUAAAUUCUCUCUAG